UGGUGGUGGUAUUUCAGCUUUCCUUACCUGUGUCACGGGAACACACAGACACUGUCUUCAUUCAGGACCCCACACUAUCCUCCAGAACUGGGCAUUUACCCCAUCAUGAAGCAUCUUCCUCCUCCUCUUCCUCCUCCUCCUCCUGGCUGGUUGAGAGUGGCCGGACUGCUGCUGUGUUUGACCCAAACUGUCCUCUCCAUGGUCCUCCCCAACUCCACGCACUUCCAGUCCAUCUUGGACAAGUACAAGGACAGGGAUGACGCAUGGUGGAGUGCCAGGCCGAGAGGGAAGAGGGCCAUCAGUGAGAGCGACAUGCACCUCAUCCUGGAUCUGCACAACAAGCUCCGCGGUCAGGUGUACCCUCCUGCCUCCAACAUGGAGUACAUGGUGUGGGAUUAUGAGUUGGAGAGGAGCGCGGAGCACUGGGCACAUGCCUGCCGUUGGGAACAUGGACCGAGCCACAUGUUGACACAAAUAGGACAGAACCUGGGUGCACACUGGGGCAGGGACCGGCCCCCUACCUUCCAUGUCCAGGCCUGGUAUGAUGAGGUGAGGUACUACAGCUACCCGUACCCCCAGGAGUGUAACCCACACUGUCCCUUCAGAUGCUCUGGGCCUGUCUGCACUCACUACACUCAGAUGGUGUGGGCGACUAGCAGCCGUAUUGGCUGUGCCAUAAACGUGUGCUACAACAUGAACGUGUGGGGAAUGAUCUGGGCUAAAGCUGUCUAUCUGGUCUGCAACUACUCCCCACCGGGGAACUGGUGGGGUCAUGCUCCAUACAAGCAUGGAGCUCCCUGCUCUGCCUGCCCGGCCAGCUAUGCAGGAGGCUGCAGGGACAACCUCUGUUACAAAGAUGGGGGUGUUGAGAGGCGUCCAGCUCCGGAGAUUGAGGAGACCAACUACAUUGAACCCGAACCAGACCCAGUGAGGGACAGGGAGCCCCAGCCCCGAGCCCAGAGCCCCAACCCCUCACCCAGUGACAACCAGGGGAGGAGCCAGGUCGUCAGCACAGAGCAGAUGUGCCAACAGGUGGAGUGUGAGACGAAGCUGAGAGAUCAGUGCAAGGGAACAACCUGCAACAGGUACGAGUGUCCUCCUGGUUGUCGUGACAGGCCUGGAAAAGUUGUCGGGACCGGAUAUUAUGACAUGCAAUCCAGCGUGUGUGCAGCUGGGAUACAUGCCGGGAUUAUUGACAACGACGGCGGAUGGCUGGAUGUGACCAGACUAGGCAGAAAACAGCAAUUCACCAAGUCAUACAAAAAUGGCAUCCAGUCAGUCGGGAAAAACAGGAGUGCAAAUUCCUUCAAAGUAGCCACAGUGCCUGUCAAGGCAAUAACAUGUGAGACCACAGUAGCUGUUUUCUGUCCCUUUAAGAAGCCUGUGCGACACUGUCCCAGGUUGUAUUGUCCAAGGAACUGUCUGCAUGACACUCGAGCCCGAGUCAUUGGAACAAAAUAUUACUCUGAUAAAUCCAGUAUCUGUCGAGCGGCUAUACAUGCAGGCGUGAUCCAGAACGAGUCAGGAGGCUACCUUGAUGUGAUGCCAGUGGAUAAAAGGAGGCAAUACAGUGGAAGUUACCAGAAUAGCAUCACUUCAGAGAGCCUGACGAACCCCACAGGUGGAAAAGCCUUCAGAGUCUUUGCAGUCAUCUGAAAAACCACUCUCAAAGGACCUGUCAAACAUGGCCACUUCACAUCCAGCGAACCCACUCAUUAUCAUCUCACAACCUGCAAUUACAUUCAUACCUAAAUGAUUCUGCCUCUCAUCCAACCUCUGACACUAAAACUGUAACAUGACUUUAUUCAAGGCUUCUCAUUUCACUAUGGUCAUAAGUGAAUAGGCAUCCCAUAAUAGCCCAGAAAAAGAUGUAGGAGGACUGGCAUUAUGUAGAUGAUAACCUUGGAAACCUAAAGCAAAAGUAUGCCGGCCUGUACUACAGCAGCCCAAAACAAAUAUUUUUACCGCUUUUUCUACAGCUAUGUGAUCAAAUUUAGCACCACUUGGGCUGCCUCACAAAAUUUUUAAAAAUGAAGGGAAAAAAAUCAUGGCACAGGCUAUUUGAGGUUGUAUCUCAAUCAUUCAUAUAUGUAUUAUACAUCAGUUCUUAAUAGUAAUACAUCAGGUCAUUUGGGGGAUAAAGUAGAUGGAUAGAAACUCCCAGCAGCUGGCAACAAAGGGAGACACAGAUUCAAAUGUCAUUCCAAAAAUGUUUUGUGGAAUUGGGAUGCUCCUGUCUGGAAGAGCAACAAUGCUAAGGCAACUCUUUUGGGCAUUGUUGCUCAAAAGAGUUGCCUCGUGUAUUACUGCCUUUAGUCUCAGUGGUAGAGCUGUGCAGGCAGUCCAAAUACAGAUUGUAUAUUUUUGUACAUAAUGUCGUUGUAAAUAAUAUUGAACAGUCUGUCUUAUCAAAUGGUGCGUUGCUAUUGUUGCUCUUUUCAUUUACAUUUCCAAUACAUUGCCAACCACACAAAUUCAAACAAAUAAUGAGUUCUCCUGUAGAUGGCAAAAUGGCUCUUGCAUGCACGGCAUAUACAUGUCACUGAGCUUUUUUAUAUAUAUAUAAUAAGACAAAUUCUGUCUUGGUUUCUAUGUAUUCAUAUGUAUGUAAAUAUUGUAUACGUAACAUAAGGAUGUUUAAUUUCGUGCUAUAUUUCCCAGCUUUUGUCCAUAGUAAAUUUACACUAAUGAAACCUGGCUGGCCAGGUAUUAUAUGUGCAUGGCAGAAUUACUAUUAAAACAC